CCUGCCUACUUAUCACUCCCCGCUAUAUGGACCUGUUUUCCCGUCGGUUGUUCAUCUCCUCUUGACUCAACAGCACUGCCUGAUUCAUAUCCAUUCCGUAUUAGCUCAAGUCAUUAGAGAGCGCGUGAUUAGUUGUGCUCGUGGACAAUCCAUCGCAGGCUCGUUGAGGCGGUACUCAUAGCGAAGACGAGAAUACACAACGGCCUCCGAGAUGGAAAUAGGGGCAGAAGCGUUCGAUGCGUUUCCAUCCGGAACCUACCAGGGACAGCUUUCGAGCAUGGCAAGUACGGAUCUAGAGGCCUUGAACGGCAGUUUAGCACCGACCGGGCCGUUUGUGAGGGUAGAUGAUCCCCCAAAAUUUGAAUUGGAAUCCUACAUUGCGAACUACACUGGCCGGACCAGAUUUAAUCGCUUGUUUCUCAUCGGUACCUGUUCGACGUAUCUCGCUGUCGAGGCGCUCAAAGCUGCUAUUGCUGAGGCCAAGGCGGGCAAGGAUGUCGCGAGAUAUGAACGGGCUGUCAGGGCACUGGCUGAGGCUGCACCGAACGAGGCUGAAGCCGUACCCGAUGCGGACUGGAUGAAUCACCAGCGCAAGGUGGUCAAGGUCGAAACGGAUCGGUUGGAGCACGAGCUACGGGGAUAUAAAAAUAACCUCAUUAAGGAGAGUAUUCGGAUGGGAAAUGAGGAUCUCGGGCACCAUUAUCACCAGAUCGGUGACCUGGUCGCGGCAUCUAAGGCUUACUCUCGGAUGAGGGACUUUUGCACGACUCCGACCCAUAUCGCGUCGAUGCUGUUCAAGAUCAUCAACGUGGGGAUCGAGCGUGGCGACUGGUUGAGUGUCCAGUCCAACGUGCAGCGGUUACGCAACAUGCAAUCUAAACAGGAGGAGCAGAGCAAAAACCAGCCGAAGAUGUCGGCCGCUAUGGGUUUGUCUCAAAUACAUUCGGGGGCCUAUCUAGAGGCCGCGAACAGCUUCCUGGACACGGAGCCCAGUCUGGGAGACUCAUACAACGAGGUGAUCACUUCGAACGACGUGGCCGUCUACGGCGGACUGUGUGCGCUUGCAUCGAUGGACCGCCUCGAGCUCCAACGCCGCGUGCUGGAGAACAACGCGUUCCGCAAUUUCCUCGAGCUAGAGCCCCACAUCCGCCGCGCCAUUUCCUUUUUCUGCAGCUCCAAGUUCCGCCCGUGUCUGGAGAUCCUCGAGUCCUACAAGACUGACUACCUCCUCGACAUUCACCUCCAGCGCCACGUCAGCACACUGUUCACGCAGAUCCGCACCAAGUCCAUCCAGCAGUAUCUCGUCCCGUUCAGCCGCGUCACGCUGGAUUCCAUGUCCAAGAUCUUCGCGCCGGGGGUCGCCUCGGGCCAGACGAACCAGAUCGACUCCUCGUCGCCAUUUGUGCAGGAGCUAAUCACGUUGAUCCAGGAUGGCACGCUGGAGGCGCGCAUCGACCUGGAGAAGAUGGUGCUCGUGUCCAACCAGGUCGACCUGCGGAUAGAGGUGCAGCAGGCCACGCUCAACAGCCUGGAGAGCUACCUGCAGGAGGCACACCUGCGACUGCUGCGAACCAACAUGAUCCGCUCGGGGCUGGAGGUGCGGCCGCUUGAAGAACGCCGACACAAGACGGAGGAGCGGAGCGCCAAAUCGACAGGACUGGGAGGGCGGAUCCGGGGGGUAUUCCAAUAGGAUGUACAUAGAUCGGCCCGGGUGAGGUAUACAGACGAGGCUUAUGACUAGAAACUUGAU